GGAAGGAGAAGUGGGUUGGGCAGCUGUGGCCCCUGGGGAACCCCCGCAGUUCCUGGGAGGAGCCCCGUGCUCUUGCCCAGCCCCAGGGAGUGGAAGCGCUCCCGGGAAAGCCUUUUCAUUCUCGCCCCUGGGGCUCCACAAAUGAAACUGCCUCGUUCUCGGUCCAGAGCAGUUUUUCUGUGUUCUCCCCGAGCCGCGUCGUCUGUUCGUCGGACCCAGGUUGCCGUUUCUCUUACCGUUGCUCUGAAAAGGAAAGUCCGAACUCUGAGCUAAUUGAUGAGAACACGCCUGAGGGGCUUGGGGACCUUGCGGAGCUUCAUUAAAGUCCCGGGUAGCGGCUGAUCCUGGAGAGGGAAUAGUACCUUUGGGCUUUGUUCAGAUUAGAAGACACAUGUACAGCAGGCAUCUGCUCGAGUUUGGAAACGCAUUUUUACAUUAGCAUUUAUAAAUAGUUUGUCGAGAGAAAGGUGAUCUGAUAGGUGAUGUCCUUGGAUACCUAUGUUAUAUAAGGAAUAAUUGAAAGAACUAUGAAGAAGAGUGUUACGAGUCAAAAAGCAAUUGUUUUCAGGGAUUAGAAGGCUACUAUGAAGAAAGUACUGUACAGUAGAAUUCUGUGCUUCAGUUAACAAAUAUGCCUGCUUAUGAGUUUUCAGGGACACAAUGAGUGUGUUAAAGGCGUUCUAGCAUUAGUUGGUUUAACGUGUAGCCCUAAAGAACCAGAAACCCAAAGGAACCAGUAUUCCUGCUCCACAGAGUCCCAUCUUUAGUGAGGCUAUUUCUGGAAUCUGUGUGAUGACCAAGGUUUUGAGCAUGGCUGCAGUUCGGGGCCCUCGGCCUCCACAGGUGAGAGGCCCUGUGGUGGUUAAAGAUGAGGAAGAGGAAGGGAAGUGCCUUCCUAGCCUCGAGGUGUUCCGCCAGCGCUUCAGGCAGUUUGGGUAUCAUGACACACCUGGACCCCGGGAGGCCCUGAGCCAGCUCCGGGUGCUCUGCUGCGAGUGGCUGAGGCCCGAGAUCCACACCAAGGAGCAGAUCCUGGAGCUGCUGGUGCUGGAGCAGUUCCUGACCAUCCUGCCCCAGGAGCUCCAGGCUUGGGUACAGGAGCACUGCCCAGAGAGCGCUGAAGAGGCUGUCACUCUCUUAGAAGAUCUGGAGCAAGAACUGGAUGAGCCAGGACAGCAGGUCUCAUCUCCUCCAAGUGAACAGCAACAGAUGUGGGAGAAGAAGUCCUCUUCAGGAACAGUCAAGUUUCCAAGCAGCACACAGCCCCAGUCUGUGGUGACCAGUCAUAAAUGUGAAGGUUGGGAGCCCUUAUACAUCCAGGAGACUGGGGAAGAGCAGAAUUUCACCCCAGAGCUGAGGAAGAGUCAAGAUCGUAAAUCGAACACCCAGAAUGAAGAAUCAACAGAUAAGCAGAAAAGUUCUGAAGAAUGUCAAGAAUUCAAAAGGGAUGUUAUUCCCAUGAUUAUUGCUAGUAAAUGUGAGGCCAGAUUAGAAAGGCAGUGGGUAAACCUUGAAAAGGAAAGAGGAACAAAAACUCCUCUCCUAGACAAAGGUUCUAAGAAAGGCAGAGAAUUGAUUCCUGCUAAACCUGCCCCAGGAGAGAGGCGUUACAUAUGUGCUGAGUGUGGAAAAGCCUUUAGUAAUAGCUCAAAUCUUACUAAACACCGGAGAACCCACACUGGGGAGAAACCGUACGUAUGCACCAAGUGUGGGAAAGCUUUCAGCCACAGUUCAAACCUCACCCUUCAUUACAGAACACACCUGGUGGACCGGCCCUAUGACUGUAAGUGUGGGAAAGCCUUUGGUCAGAGCUCAGACCUCCUCAAACAUCAGCGCAUGCACACUGAAGAGGCGCCAUAUCAGUGUAAAGAUUGUGGAAAAGCUUUCAGUGGUAAAGGCAGCCUCAUCCGACACUAUCGGAUACAUACUGGGGAGAAACCUUACCAGUGUAAUGAGUGUGGGAAGAGCUUUAGUCAGCACGCAGGCCUUAGCUCUCACCAGAGGCUCCACACUGGAGAAAAGCCAUAUAAAUGUAAGGAGUGUGGGAAAGCCUUUAAUCACAGCUCAAAUUUUAAUAAACAUCAUAGAAUCCAUACUGGGGAGAAGCCCUAUUGGUGUAAUAAUUGUGGGAAAACCUUCUGUAGUAAAUCAAAUCUUUCCAAACACCAGAGAGUCCACACUGGAGAGGGCGAGGUGCUGUCGGCUGGAGACCCGGGUCGCUCGGGCAAGGUGCGCUCCCCUUCGCCCUCGAAGACUCGCCCGAGGCCCCCCGCCGCGCCCGCUGUCGGCUCGGGGUCUGCGGCGCGGACCAGAGACCCAGAGCUUCUAGCCCUACCCAUGGAAACUCAGGCUGAUUGCAAAACUCAGGAACCUCAGGCCCUGCUUGAGAGUGCUCUUCCUUCCUCGAAAGUUCCUGCCUUUUCUGACAAGGACAGCCUGGGGGAUGAGAUGUUGGCAGCUGCGCUCCUAAAGGCCAAGUCCCAGGAGUUGGUGACGUUUGAGGAUGUAGCUGUGUACUUCAUCCGGAAGGAGUGGAAGCGUUUGGAGCCUGCUCAGAGGGACCUCUAUAGGGAUGUGAUGCUGGAGAAUUAUGGGAAUGUGUUCUCGCUGGAUGGUGAGACCAGGACUGAGCAUGAUCAAGACAUUUCUGAAGAUACAGGAUCACGUGGGGUGCUGUUGGGAAGAUUCCAAAAGGAUAUUUCUCAGGGUCUUAAGUUUGAAGAAGCCUAUGAACAAGAUGUCAGUCUCAAGAGGCAACUGGGGAAUUCCUCUGGAGAAAGAUUGGAUAGGAAGAUACAAGAUUUUGGUCAGAUGACCGAUGAGGAAAAGCUAACCCCCGGGGGAGAGAGAAGUGAGAAAUACAGUGAUUUUGGGAAUAGCUUGACUGUGAGUUCUAACCUUAUUUCACAUCAGAGACUUCCUGUGGGAGACAGACCCCAUAAGUGUGAUGAAUGUAGCAAGAGCUUUAAUCGAACUUCAGACCUUAUUCAACAUCAGAGAAUCCACACUGGGGAAAAACCCUAUGAAUGUAGUGAAUGUGGGAAGGCCUUCAGCCAGAGCUCACAUCUUAUUCAGCAUCAGAGAAUCCACACUGGAGAGAAACCUUACGAAUGUAACGAUUGUGGGAAGACUUUCAGUUGUAGCUCUGCCCUCAUUCUACAUCGGAGGAUCCACACCGGGGAGAAGCCCUAUGAAUGUAAUGAAUGUGGGAAAACCUUUAGCUGGAGCUCUACCCUUACUCAUCAUCAGAGAAUCCACACUGGAGAGAAACCAUAUGCUUGUAAUGAAUGUGGGAAGGCCUUCAGCAGAAGCUCCACUCUUAUCCAUCACCAGAGAAUCCACACUGGAGAGAAGCCCUAUGAAUGUAAUGAGUGUGGGAAAGCCUUUAGCCAGAGCUCACACCUCUACCAGCACCAGAGAAUCCACACUGGAGAGAAGCCCUAUGAAUGUAUGGAAUGUGGAGGAAAGUUUACCUAUAGCUCAGGCCUUAUUCAGCAUCAAAGAAUCCACACGGGGGAGAAUCCCUAUGAAUGUAGUGAGUGUGGGAAAGCCUUUAGGUAUAGCUCAGCUCUUGUUCGCCAUCAGAGAAUUCACACUGGAGAAAAGCCUUUGAAUGUAAUGGGAAUGAGCAAAAGUUCUCUCAGAGUCACUGCUGAAUUAAAUAUCAGAGAGUCCACCUGAGAGAGAGCCACACACCUGUUUUCCUCACUUCCUCCAAGUCUGAAGAGCUCCUGCCUUACUCUAUAGAAGUAUGAACAUCUUAGAAUGUGUCCCUUCCGACUCACACUUUUCACUUUAGAGAAUGGGCCAAGUUGGGGAAAGGAUCCUGGCACAUCCUGGUGAUGAGCUACCUGUCAGUUUCCCCAGCAGUGAAACCAGGAGGCAAGUGGCAGGUUGAGUGCUGGGAAUAAGAGGGAAGCUCUGGGCCCAGUCACCUUCCGUUUUGGAAGGGAGUUUGCACUAGACCAUUUCUCUCACACCAGAGGAGCCUUUCUUUCCAAGGUGGGGGAGUGGAAGCACAGUAGGAAUAAAAUUCCAAGGAUUCCUGUAGUUGGGAUCAGUAUAGCCGGCACAGAAGGCAGUGCAAAGAAUGUUCUGAGUCCUGCUACUUGCUAAGAAGGGGACACGGGGGCUGUAUUUCAAAGCCGCUGUUCCUAAUCCAGCUUUAAGUUUUGAUAAGGAAUGUGCUGUUUGUGGUUGUUGUCGUUGUUCAUGACUUCAUUAAUUAUGGAAAUGUGGUGCUGAGGGAUUUGUUAUUUUACUGGCGGGGGGACCCUACGAGGUUUUCUGUGAUAACUGUACUUUGACGGUGGCAGCAAGCCCAUCUCCAAGAGCAGCAAAGCAGUUUUGUUGAAGAACUUGUCCUUCCCUAUUGUUAUAGGUCUGAUUGGGAAAUCCAUCUGAUAAUCAGUCUAACAGGGAGAGGAUCAGAAAGAUUUAGCAUUGGCCUAUUUCCUAUCCUCCCCUUCUCCGCAUCCCUCCCCACUCCUGUGUUGAAAAGUGAUCUAAUUCAAACCCCUAGUUACUAAGAAUAGAAUGCUUUUUAAGGAGCUCACUCAGCCAGCUUGCCCUGCCCUCUAUCACCAAUGACAUCUGGCCCCAGCCCCUGACCCCUCAUGACCUCACCUCUGACUUCAGCCGCCAAGUAUGAAUGCAAAGAAAAGCAAAGCCCAGGGAAGGGAGUCUGACCUGACCUGGCUGUUGGGCUUCUUGCUGGGUUAGGAUGGAGCUCCUGAGUUUUCCCAGCUGAGGGGAUGAUCUUUCAUUAUAUUUUCCCAAUCCUGCUCAUCCUGUAGCAUAAAUGAAGUGCACUAUUAAACAGAAUAGUUUUUUAGAAGGCGACAUUCAUUGUGUUUUUGUGCAGGAGCCAAAUCUAUUUCAAUUAAAAUAGGAAACCAUGGCUAUAACUGGAAUCUAAAUUUUAAUCUUUAAGAUUUUUUUACAGACAACUAUUUUUCUUUCAUAAACACAUGACCUCUCUCUGUCAAGACUCUAUCAUAUUCCUCUAGAUACUGCCACAGACUCUUCGGUCAUGUACACAGUUACUCCCACCUCAUACCCACACGUUGGAUGAUACUUAAGACCAGCAACCAAAACUAGAAAACUGUUACUAUUGGGUGUGGGGCCUCUGACAAGCAUGUACUUGGAUUUUGGGUUGUAAUGGGCAUAUGUAGAUUUCUUCUUUGGGCUCUUGGUGGGAGGAGGUUCCAGUCAUGGAGAAGGCUGAGAUGAAAGUCUUACAGAGAAGAUAGAGAAGUAUCUGGAACUGGCCUUUGAAAAAUUUCUGAGCAUAUAUUGUGAUCACCUAAUACGUUUUUAAUUUCUUAAAGCUAUAAUGAAACUUGU